AUGGCCAAGAUGCAGAUGCUCUUGCAGAGGCUCUUCUCCGCCCUCCAUGGGAUUAGGGCUCCUAUCUCCAACCAAGUCAGAGCCACCCAUCCUUGCAUGAGAGAGAAGCUCGCCGCCGGGCGAUCCCUUGUUCUCGAUGUUGACGCCGGGCUCCUCCUGCCGUCGUCAUCAUUCCCGUUCCCCUACUUCAUGCUUGUGGCGCUGGAGGCCGGAGGGUACCUACGAGGACUCGUACUACUCCUUCUCUACCCAAUCAUCUUAUGCAUGGGGGGCAACAGUGACGUGGCCGUGAGGUUUAUGGCUAUGACGGCCUUCUGUGGGUUGCGCCGGAGCCAGUUCCUAGCUGGCUGUGCAGUGCUGCCCAAGUGGCUCAUGGAGGACGUGGCCGCGGAAGGCUUUGAGACGAUGAGGAUGAGUGGUGCCGCAGGAGGGCGGAGGGUGUGCGUGACCAGGAAGUUGCCGAGGGUGGUAAUAGAGGGGUUCCUGAGGGAGUAUCUCGACGCAGAGGCAGUCGUCGGGAAGGAGAUGAAAGUGCUCUGGGGAUUCUACACCGGUCUACUGGAGGAAGGAGACGAGGGUAUGUUGGAUGAGCAGCAGAAGAUCAUGCUGGACGGUGAUGAUGCUGUAGGAUUCUCUGGCUCGCUCGAGUUUCUCCAGCAUUCUCUCGCACGCUCUUGCAAGAAUGUCUACCUCGAGACACGAGUCGACAGAGCGACAUGGCAGGCACUACCCCGGAACCAGUACCCCAAGGCCAUGGUGUUCCACGACGGCCGCCUAGCAUUCCGGCCAACAGCAGGCAGCACGCUCGCCAUGUUCAUGUGGUUGCCCUUCGGCGUAGCCCUUGGGGCCGCCCGCCUGGCGGUCGCACUCACCAUGCCAUAUCGAUACUCCACGCUGAUCCUGGCGGCCACCGGCAUGUCUUGGCGUCUCAAGGGCGGUGAGCUGCCGACGUUGCUGGGCGCUGACGGUGAACGACGACGUCGGCACGGGCAGCUGUACGUUUGCAACCACCGCACGCUUAUCGACCCGGUGUAUGUGUCGGUGGCGCUGGACCGACCGGUGCGCGCUGUGUCAUAUAGCCUAAGCCGCCUCUCGGAUCUCAUCUCGCCGAUCGGCCGCACGGUGCGGCUGGCACGAGAUCGCGUCGUCGACGGACGCACCAUGACCCGCCUCCUGGACCGCGGAGACCACGUCGUCGUCUGCCCCGAGGGAACCACCUGCCGGGAGCCGUACCUCCUCCGGGAGCUCAGCGACGACGUGGUCCCCGUGGGCAUCGCCGUCGAGACGGCCAUGUUCUACGCUACCACGGCAGGGGGACUCAAAUUCCUUGACCCGCUCUACUACCUGGCAAACCCUAGGAUGUGCUACACGGUUCAGUUUCUGGAGCGGGUGAGCACGUCUGCAGUCAGGGAGGGGAAGGUGUCGAGCGCCGACAUGGCCAACCUCGUGCAGAGGAGGAUAGGGGAUGCGCUCGGUUACAGCUGCACCAUGCUCAACAGGAAGGACAAAUACCUCAUGCUUGCGUCCAAUGAUGGCGUUGUCCACAAAGCUGACGGCAAGUGUUCAUCUUCUACUGCAGGGAGGAAUUAA